UUUUCUUACUGAAACUUUAACAGAGUUACAAAAGAUGGAACACUUGAAGAAAGACUGCCACCCCUUAAAAGUGCCAACAUUUUAAUUUAUGAAACUUUAAAAUUUAUAAUAACUGAAAAGAAUAUAGAAUAUAUCAAUAAUUAAUUCAUUGAAUCAACACAACAGGAGCGAUUUGUCAAAUUACACACGCGAAUGCGGCUUAUAAGAAACACUAUCAAAACACCUCCGAAUGUUUUGAAGUAUUUUUUGAGCGAAGACAAAUAUCGAGAGGAGAAGGCGAAAAAAGGAAAGUAUUUCAUUCAGGGCGAGAUAGCUAUAUGUAACAGCAUUUUGAUUUGAGGCAGCGCUUAAGUACCGCUGACAGUUCAUUCGUAAAAUACAUUGUACAUUUGUAUGGUUAAACCAUAUAUUGAAACAAAAGUAAUAUGCAUUGAGAGAACGACGUUUGAAGACAGAAGUCAUUGUUUUGUUUGUGUUGUAAACAAUUUCAUCAUAAUUCGAAGAAAGGCAAGCUUGCAGAAAAUCUGUCCAGCAGUUUUUAAUUAAUCUAAAAAACACGUUGUCAAAAUGGCAAACGUGCAACCGACAGCGGUGCAGAAUAAGCAAAAUUCAACCAACACAAAUCAAGAACCAUUGACCCCAAUCACAAUGCUUUUGCGUUUCCUUUACACGGGCACAUCGGACGGUUCAAUUCCAGUGAAAAUAGCAACGAAUCUGGAAAACAUCGAAAAUACGUUGUCUUGUGUCAUUGACAUGGCCACACAACGUGCUUUGCUACCAGUUUCCACCAUUCGAAAGGUAUAUCAGGGCAAAAUGUAUAUUCGUGUUGAUGAAGUGCUAAUUGCGCUCGCCUAUUGUGCCAAGCAAACGCAUUCAGAAGAACUUCGAAUGUUGGCUAAUAAUGAAGCCCUUACACUGAUCAGCGAUCAGGACGACUUUCUGCUUUUCAUCAGUUACUGUGCAAAAAUAUCAACCGUUUUACGCGGACCGCAGCACCUGAAUUUUGGUCACGGAAUGUGUCGAUUGGUUGAAAAAUGGUAUGGAAAAUUUUCGAAUCUGGAUCUGGCGAACAUGUUCGGUGAGCAUAGAAGCCUACACGGCUGGUCACACCAAUCGGUCGUUCAAAAAGCACACAUGAGAACAAAGAAGCGUACUUUGUUUGAGGUUCCAGCUUCAACAGAAACUGUGAGUGCUUCUAGUUCGACUGCACAGUCAACCAUCGGUGAUGUCUUAGCGAUAAGCAAUGUAGGCAGCGCAACAGCAGGAACUUCGUCAUCGAAUGCACAACUAGCAUCUGCCACCGAUGAAGACGACCGCGAACAGGUAUUCCAGUUCGUUUUCUGUAAAGGUGGUCAAGAAUACUUACAGUAUUUGGAAGACAAGUCAGAACUUGGUCCAGGCGCACAACGCUUGAAAGAUAUCCAAAUACUUAAAACAAAUGAAAACAUCGAUAGCGCUGUUCAGUCCAUUCGCCGCCAUAAAUUCUCUGUCACUCAAAUACCAGCACAUUUAUUGGAAAAGGAAAAGAUUUGGGAAACUCUAUUGCCAACACUGUCGUCACGCACACUGCUGCUCCAUUUGAAUACUUUGAAGGAUUUCGGUUUUUUGAACGAGGAAGGUUCACCAUUUACUCAAAAAUUCAUCGAAGUAUUUGGCAAACCAAAUACAUUCAAGCUUGAAAACGUUUGCCCCAUUUACUUGUACAUCUUGAAACAGUUGUACCAGAAAAAUGUGCGUUAUCUUGGAACAAAGAAAGCCGAAUACUACGAGAAAAAGGUUUUAAAACGAAAAAUCACCAAAAAUAAUGUAAUCAAAAAUCGACUCAAUGACAUGUUCAAUCAAGCCUUGUUAAUUGCAAAACCAGCACCUGCAAAAUUUAUGGUGGUUAUGGAUCUACGCAGAGGCAAUGCAAACAAACCCGUUCUGCGCAACAAACACAUAAAUUGCUUUGAGGCAUCGCUCUUGUUGGCUUACUCGAUCUUCGUCAGAGAAAAAGAUGCACUGGUAUACACGUUCACCGGUACAAAGGGUCAGUUGGAACCACUUCAUCAUUUAAUGCCAAAAGCGAACUUUGAAAUGGCUAAAGAAGUGAUUGACUUACAAUCGGUGUCUCAUACAUACCAAAGUUUGACAAAGCCAAUUGCAGAGGCAACGACUAUGAAGAAAAAAAUUGACAUGUUCGUGGUGAUCGUGGACUCAGUGGCACGUUUUUGUCGACAAGGUCAAGUUCCGAUUGAAGAAUUCAAAGCAUAUAGAGCAAAGUUCAACGAUCGUGCAAAAUAUGUCGUCGUAAAUUUAACACGUCCAACACCUGAUCUGAAGAUUCCACAAAUCGAUGGUAUGAAAGGAUUUUUCGAGAUUUGUGGCUUUAAUCAAGACACGCCCAAAAUAUUGUAUGCUUUGGCCACACACUGCUUCACUUAAAGCGCAAAAAAAAUUAAACAACAGAAGUCAAACUGUAAUCGGACAUUCAUUCAAUCCGGAAACUAAAAAUGCCUUUUAAUUCAUAAAACAUUUUUUGUUAGGUGCCUAUUUCAAUUUAAGCGCUUUGUUGAAACAACCACAAACUGAAACCGUAUUGUUCUAUUCAAAUAGAAUGGGCUCGACUACAAUAAUUAACAAAACGAAAUUCAUCGAAUCCAAAUUUUUAAUUAUAGUUUUGAUGUAAAAAGGCAAUAUUUCCAAGGCUUUUAUAUGUAAAAGCACGAUUGCAAUCAUGAGCGAUCGUGCGCCUUGGAAAUAGUGGCUAAAUAGACAUCUUAGAUUUGAAUUGUCGAGCUAUAGACAAGAUUUUGAUUACAACAAAAACAGUCGUUAACAAUAUACAAAUUUUGUUAAGUUUAUAUUCUUUGAUUCGCAUUCGAACCGUCAACCAAAUUAGAUUUAUUUUUACUCUGAAAACAAUAUAGAAAUAUUUUGAAACAAUAUUGUGAUAAAAUGACGAAAUGGAGACAAAAGUGAAUUUUGAAGAAGAAAAACAUUUGUUACAUUUGUUAAUCUUUAAAAAUAAAUCCAAAUCAAAAACAAUAUUUUUGGUGCAGAAAAAAACAUUUAUCGCAAAAUAAAAUUUAAACAAAAAAAAAACUAUCGUAAACCAUCCAAAUUGUAACAUAGUCCAAAUUGUAACAAUUGAACAAAUAGACUAAUUUUCUGCAAAACUUUGAAGGGUAACUGUUGGUUUUUAUAUCAUAUUUGAGAAGAACACGAAAAAAUCUACCGAUAUGAAUAUAUGAAUUAAUUGUAUUUUUUUAGAAAAGUGGUUUAUGAUGAGACUAUGCUACAAUUAGAACUAUUUUACAAUUUGGAUGGUUUACGAUAUAUUUAAUAUUUUUCGUUCGAAAUUCACAAUUGUCUUCAUUUUUUGCAAUGAAUGAAAAAAAUUAUUUGUAUUUAAAAAAACGGCAAAAUUCAACAAAGAAAACACAAAAUCAAAAUGAAAUCAGUUUCAAGGAAAAAUAUUCAGAUAAAAUUGUGUAUUCCAUUAUUUUGACAAAUCAAUAAACACUGCCAACAUCCAGCAGUCCGAAACAUUCUAAAAA